AUAGCAGCUUCUGCUCCUGGGCGGGCGACGAUGUCCGGGCCGGCCUGCUCCGGCGGAACUAGACAGCCGAGGACCGCCUCGAAGGACUGCGGGGAACCGGGUGACCAUGGCGGUAUUUCACGACGAGGUGGAGAUCGAGGACUUCCAAUAUGACGAGGACUCGGAGACGUAUUUCUACCCCUGCCCGUGUGGGGAUAACUUCUCCAUCACCAAGGAAGAUUUGGAGAAUGGGGAAGACGUGGCAACGUGUCCCAGCUGCUCUCUCAUUAUAAAAGUGAUUUAUGACAAAGAUCAGUUCAUGUGUGGAGAGACAGUCUCAGCACCUUCGGCCAACAAAGAAGUAAUCAGGUGCUGAAGAAGCCUUCAGGGACCCAGCCCUUGAACACCAGGAUGAAUCCAGUCGGACAUACCAAGUGUCAGAGCUCCAGCUUCGCCACAGGACAGCUGUUUGGUGGCUUGGAACUCCGUUUGUGUGUGGAUCUUUUCAUCCACUAGUGAGCUCAUCCUCAGCAGUGAGCCCAUGAUGUGUCAGACCUGGAUUUCAGGUUUGAAAUUGGAAGGAUUCCUAAUCGUCCAUCUGAACUUAAGGGAAAAUCUAAGUCAGUGGUUCUUCUUCCUCGUGGUUGUGUCCUGUGUAUAUCUUAACCCUAAUUCAGUACCCUAAAACAACAUCUACCUUGGUCCUAGAGUUCUUUCUUUCAAAAGAUUGUAUUUUUGACUUAGUUAUUAAGAUGAUUGAAAUGUGUGUCAUCUGCUUUGUUCUGACUUAAGUCUGUGGCUUUGUCAGUGCUGUGCUCUCUCACCAGCCGCUUCCUGCAGCCUUGCCACUAUUGAGUGUUCUUGUUCAUUUCUGUUACACUUCAUGCACAAAGUUCAGUCAUGGUGUUUGAUUGUGAAGCCACGGUUUCUCUGUAGUUGCCAGUUAGUGGAUAAGGAAGGAAAGUCAGAAACAGUCCCUUCUGUCAGAAAAAUAUGAAAAGAAAAACAACAGAAGGAAGUGAAUUUAGCUACAGUGAGAGAAGUGAGAUGCACCUGAAAUUCAAGGAUGAUUUUGCCAUACAGAACAAACAUUUCUGUAUCUGGGUCUUUAUUUCUUGAAAUGGCUAAUGAAAUUGCAUUUCAGACAAGAGUUACAUCAAGUCUUUCUGGCUGCUGGUAGUGAUGAAAGUCCCAGCCUUAUGUCACUGGUCUUAUUAGGUGAAGCAUCUCAACAGAGAAAGAGCUUGAGGCUGGCUCUGUAAGCAAAUGUUUGAGGGAUGGCAGAGGAAGGAACUACAUGUUGUCUCCUUCGCUGCAAUGCUGAGAAGAGCAGGCCGUGAGACUUGUGAAAAUGGGAUGAUCCCCUUUAUAAGCACUUUUGCUGUGCCUGUAUCCAGUUUUGAUUGUGCACAGGUGUCUAACAGAUUGGGGUUUGGCUUUUACAGUUAGAAAAUAGCCAGUAAGUGUGCUGCACCCACUCAUGGAAGUUUAAGUUAAAACAUAAGCAGAUUGGCUCUUUUAACCAGUGAGCAACUUAUGGUUCUGUGGAACCAUUAGGCUGAGACAUAGUAUGUUAAAGGAUGCUAGGCAUGUGCAGUACAUUAUAUGGCACUUUUUUCCCUUUGGUGGGGGCUGGGAAGGUCAUGGGUACUAGAGACUGAACCUGGGGCAAGGGCUUCACAGCUGGACUACAUCCCCAGCCCAGCAUGUUUUUGAUAUGAUAAGAAAUCUCAUUGCUGUUCAGUGCCCUAAAAAUCUAUACUGCAUUGCAAAGCAAAGGGACUAUCUGGAUGAACAGGUCAGAGUACAUCAAAUGGGGAUGAGCUGCAAAGAGAAAGUGUCCUGUUGCUUGUGUUGAUGGUGUUAGAGAACACAUAAACUUUGCUGCUGCUGAACUUCAUACAAGAGCAGAAACCCUUGAUGGAGGUCUUCUGUGAGCACAAAGGGGCAGGAAGAAAAGUUCAGGUUCAGACACUCCAAGAGAGAAGAGUAUACUCAGACUGGCAGUUAGUGAUCGGCGAUAAGCUGUAGAAAAGUAGUGGUUUGGGUUUUAAAGCAGCUGAGAAAGUCUCUGAACUACAAGAGAAAUACCAGGAAUUUGUCCCAUGUUAAGCAGAAAGCAAGCCCAAGGUCUUUCAAAUAUGACUGGAGUUCUGUGUCUAUCUGAGCCUUACAUAGUCCAGACACUUCCAGAGCACCUCUGAGAGCUGGCUAGUGACCAAGGCUCUGUCUCCGAUGAGUUUGUCAUCUUUGACAAGGCCCAAGGAUUCCUCAUCUCUGUAGCUGGGAGACUGGGUCAGGUGACCUCAGCUGUCCGGUCUCAUUUCAGUUGGCGUAGUGGGCCGGAACUGAAAUGUUUUUGUACCCAAAAUUUUAAAUCAUGAUUCACAGCGAAUGGAAGCUCUAUUUAAGUCACUUGUUUAAAUGGAAUUCUGCAUUCAUGAUACAUUUAGACACUUUUUUCUUAGAUAACAUUUUUAGAGCUGUAUUUAUUAUAAUGAAUUGCAUUGCCAAGCUAAGUAAAAUAAGAUUGUUCAAAUUUG